GGGCGUGUGGACCCUCCUUUUCUUGGCGGGGCCCGGGUGUGUAGUCCCGUACCCCGUUAUGUGCGGAGGUAGAGGGAAAGGGCUCUGGCCCACUCGGCGUCAUGUCUUCGGUGCCGGCGGCUUCCCGUCUGCCGGUCCUAUCCUCAAACGCCGGGACACUGCGUUUCUUGGAACUGCGCAGAACCGAGAUCCAGCGGGCUCCUUCUCGGGGUCUGCGGACGCCGCUGCCUCUGGAGUGUCCUAUCCCCUCUCGCCUGCGUUGAAACCAAUAAAGGCCGUUUCUGCUGAAGUCCGUUUGUAUCUGCGUUUUAUAUUCCGAGGCUGCAGAGUUCCGGGAGGCUGUACCCUGGCUGGUAGCUGCCUGGCACACCGCUGCCUCUGGGAUCGACUCCAUGCCCAGCCUCGUCUAGGCAGUGUCCCCACCUUCGACUGGUUCUUUGGAUACGAGGAAGUUCAGGGGCUCCUACUGCCCUUGCUGAAGGAAACACAGGCUGCAAGUCCACUGCGGGUGCUGGAUGUGGGCUGUGGAACCUCUAGUUUGUGCACUGGCCUCUACACCAAAUCCCCAUACCCAGUGGAUGUGCUGGGGGUGGACUUCUCUCCUGUGGCUGUGGCCCACAUGAACAACCUCCUGGAGGGUGGCCAAAGUCAAACACGUCUCUGCCCUGGGCACCCUGCCUCCUGCCUGCGUUUCAUACAGGCUGAUGCCCAGAACCUGGGACCUGUGGCCUCCACAGGCUCCUUCCAGCUACUGUUGGACAAGGGUACCUGGGAUGCUGUUGCCCGAGCUGGUCUGCCUGGGGCUUACCAGCUGCUAUCAGAAUGUCUUAGGGUCCUAAGCCCCCAGGGUACUCUGAUUCAGUUCUCAGAUGAGGACCCUGAUGUGCGGCUCCCCUGCCUAGAGCAAGGAUCCCAAGGCUGGACUGUGACUGUACAGGAGCUGGGCCCCUUCAGGGGUAUCACCUACUUUGCUUAUUUGGUUCAGGGCUCUUAGUAAAGACAUUUUAGUCCGACCCUAAUUGGUGUUUCUGUUAAGCAAAGAAGGCUGGAAAGAGCAUUGUCUUUGCAAAAUACAUGACUGGAAAAUAA